UGAUAGAAUGGACAGGGUCUUCCUAGGAAGGCUGAAAUCAGACCUUUAGGAUAGACAUUAGGAAUGCCUCCAUCCUCGUUUAUGCCUGGUCCAAUGAAUAGCAGUUUUGGGGAUGAGCUACAUGAGGUGUGUCCAAUGGACAGUGGUUUUUCCAAUCAAAUACAAUACUCCUUUGUGUUGCUACUAACUGUAUAUGAGACCGAUCUGAGGAACCGGAUGGAGUCUGGAUUUUCAGUUGAAACAAAAUUUUGGGUUACAUUAAUUGCUUGUGUCAGAGCAAAGAAACAAUUUUUUUCAACUUAUGGUAAUAAUAGAUGCAAGCAGCACUUAAGGCAGUUCUAUUAUUAGUAUCAGACGAGUGGAUAAUGGAAAUUAUGGUAAAAGUUUUACUUACAAAGAGAAGGUAAGUGUUACGUCUGUAGGUGAAAUCAAAUUCUUCGGUGUGGUAGGAUUUUUCCGUUCCUGGGGACUCAACACAAGAAGAUAAUGUGAGAUCCACUAUCACCGUAUUUUAUUUCUUUUUGAUAGUACAAAAGACAAAAGAAAAACGAAUAUGCAUUUAAGCAAUCCAAACUCCAGCCUUGAUUCUGACGCAAAACCCAUUUUGGUUGUAACGCCUGGUUGCUCUUCCAUUCUAAUUCAGCUCAACCCAUAUUCCCUCCAGAACAAAAAUCAUUGCUUUGAGGUUUCUCUACUUAUAUAUAUAUAGAGAGAGAGAAACAGAGGAUUAGAAGUCUCUGUUAGCAAAAAUGGCAGACAACUCUGAUGAUUUAGACCGACUUCUCGAUAGUGCUUUGGAUGAUUUCCAGAAUCUCAACCUUAUACCUUCUGCUCAAAGGGGAGUAGGAGGAGAUGAUGAAGAAAAGAAGCAAGAAUCUGGUUCUUUACCAAGUGGGGUUCAAGGAUUAGGUAUGGAAUUACCUGACUUGAAGAGCAAGAAAAAGGGAAAGCAAAAGGUUUCAAGGGAAUCCCAUGUCAUAGAGGCUCUUGAUAAAUUGAGAGAACAUACCAGAGAGACUGUAAAAGGAUUGGAAUCAAUGUCGAAACCUGGAGGAGAUGAUUUCGGGAAGGAUGCAAUAAUGGAGGAUUGGGUCAAGCAGUUGGAGGAUCUUGCAGGGUCUCAGAACAUGGAUUCCAUUGUGGAGACUAUGAUACAACAACUUUUGUCUAAGGAGAUUCUUCAUGAACCCACGAAGGAAAUUGCAGAGAGAUACCCACAGUGGUUAGAAGAGCAUAAAGCCAGUUUGAGCAAAGAGGACUAUGAACGUUACUCCCACCAAUAUGAACUGAUAAAGGAGCUUAAUGGAGUGUAUGAAAAUGAUCCUAAUAACUUCACCAGGAUUGUUGACCUCAUGCAAAAAAUGCAAGAAUAUGGUCAGCCACCAGAUGAUAUUGUGGGAGAGCUUGCGCCUGAAUUUGAUUUAUCCAAUCUUGGCCAGCUAUCCCCAGAGACGCUAGAGUCACAGCAAAACUGUUGUAUAAUGUGAGGCAAUAUCCUGUUGAAGACUCUGUUACUAAUACCUUUCUGGGAAAUAAAGUAGCUUUCCUUUAAACUUCAAGUCAUUCGAUCCUUCAAGAAAUUUCAUGCUCUAUUUUGAGCCUGGUUUCUUGUCAAGAUUAUGUAUGAUUAUGAGGAAAAAGGCUUAUGAGUUAUGACCAAGGUUCAGUAUGCAAUUUGCUUGGUGAUUCUUUAUUUAUUUAUUUAUUAUUUUUAAUAAAAGCUCAAUUUAUUAGGGAUAGACAUGAACUAGAUGACAAAAUAUUGUAUUGACAAA